UAGCCCUUUAUUAUUUAUAUUAUGAGAGUAUAUAAAACUGCGUAAAAAGGAAGAAUGUUUUCUUAAAAAAUAUACAUCAUUUUACGUUCGUAUCAACAACGUGAAUACUUUCGUGUUAUUUGUGAUAUCUGAUUCCACAACACUGUAUAACUAAAAAGCGAGAAACACAACCUACGAAGCAUCGAAAGAAACUGAAACUUUUCCCACUGCCCAGGAAAAGAAGUCAUAACUGCGUUUGCGCAAAAGUAUUCUUUACUCCAUGUGUUAAAGAAAUAUUACUUUUGAUUACAAAUUGGGAUAAUUUAAACUAAUUUGCUCUCGUCUAUAACAUGAAUUCAUUACUCUAUUAUUCGAAGAAUAUAACCAUUUCUUACAAUUGCUCAUGUCGCGAGGAGAUAUCGAUUGUUAAAAUUCGCAGAAGCUUUCGUGAAAAAUAUACAGGCAGUCUAAAGUUCCUACCACAGUUCUGUCACAAUUCCCGUGUGAAAUGCACGCGAGCGAACGCUAUUACAUAAUCAAUCGAAUAGGUCUUAAGGCAGUGGGCUUAUGGCCCUUUCAGCAGUCAUAUCUCACCCAACUACAGAAUGUGUUUUUUAUCAGUACUCUUGUAACAUUUAUUGUUGUUCAGUUAUUGGCAUUUAUUACAAAUCAGUAUAGUACAAGUCUCCUUCUUCAAAUACUCUCAUUCGUCUUUCCUAUUAUUAUCGACAUGACAAAGUAUUGUCUUUUUAUUAUUCAAGCGAAUAACUUGAAGCAACUACUGGAACAAAUUCAAGAUGAUUGGAAUUCGUUGAAGGAUAAGUUCGAAAUUAGUAUCAUAGAAAAAUACGCUUACAAUGCAAGGCUAUUCACAAUAAUUCUAAUGGCAUAUUGCUAUUUUGGCUUAUUGUUUUGUGGAAUAUUCCAAUGUCUACCAAUAAUUCUUGAUGUUGUUUUGCCGCUAAAUGAAUCACGGCCCCGUCAUCUUUUCGUGAUCACGGAAUACUUUAUCAACCAAGACAAAUACUUUUAUGUUAUACUGUUUCAUGAGGCGUUAGCUUACUCUGUAGGUACGUCCGCACUGUGUUGUACCAGUGCGACAAUUAUGAUAUGUAUUAUGCACGCAUGUGCAUUAUUUGAAAUCGCAAGUUGCCGAAUAGAAAAUGCGAUCAAGAAAAGUACAUUAAAGAUCCCUCGUCCUAGAAGAGAUUAUUUCCUUUAUCGGAGCAUUAUACAUGCGGUUACCAUGCAUCAGAGAGCCAGCAAGUUUGCUGAACUUUUGACAUCCAGUUUUACAACAUUAUUCUCUAUCCUAAUCAUACUUGGCGUCAGUUCUUUAAGUUUCAAUCUCUUUCAAUUUCUUCAAUUAAUAACAUUAACGAAAAAUACCAAUCAGAUGUCUAUGGUAGCUGUAUUGAUACUUGUACAUUUCAACUAUAUGUUCGUUGCUAAUUACGGUGGACAACAACUAUUGAAUCAUAGUCUAAAGCUCUUUAAAGCAACUUACAAUGGACUAUGGUAUGCAGCACCAUUACGUACACAAAAACUAUUAUUAUUUAUAAUGCAAAAAGGAGCAAUAAACAUCGGUUUAACAUGUGGCGGUAUAUUUGUCGUAUCCUUAGAAGGUUUCGCUACGCUUACAAAUGCGGCAGUAUCCUACGUCACGUUGAUUUAUUCUACGCGAUGAAAACAAAGGGAAAAUGUAUUAUCAAUUGAACAGAUCUUUAUUAAAUUGACAAAGAAGUACAAUAUGAAUAUAAUAUAAAAUUAUGUUAAAUAUUGUGUAUUGAAGAAAACAAAUAUC